CGGAAAGAUAAAGUAUCCGGAUGAAAUCACACUCAUGAUUCGCCAACUCUGAGAUAUCGAAUCACGGCACAUCAUCAUGCUGCCAGUGUACGUGCCAGGUCGAGGUGCCGUCGAUAGCUUCGCAGACGACGUUGGCAUGCCUCACAAUGCAGUUCGUCUCGUCGUGGGGCUUGUUCUUGGGUGUGUACUCGCACCGCUGUCGCACGUCGUCGUGGCGCCGACCUCCCGGCAUGCGUUGAACACACUGCUGGGCGUGAGCAUUGGCUGGUUCGUGUUUGAUUUCAAUCUCGUGCACAGUCUUGUUCCAACAUUGCUCACGUAUGGUCUCAUGUCGUUUGCUCCGCGCGAGUUGGUCGGACCAGUGGCCUCCGCUAUUCUAUUCAUGCAUUUGAUAGCCUGCCACGCCUACCGCGAAUUGCUUGGAGCCGAUAUCAUUUGGGACGGAGCGCAGAUGGUGCUGACGCUCAAGUUGGCCGGUACAGCCAUAAGCUACAGCGAUGCCGUGUUGCCUUUAAACCAGAAAACGCCAAGUAUUCUGCGCAACCAGGUCACAGCCAAGCCGUCGCUGUUAUCCGUCUUGGGCUACGUCUACUUCUUUCCUACGUUUUUAGUCGGCCCUAUCUUUGAGUUGAACGACUACUUGGCAUGGACCGACGAUGCCCAGGUCGCGCCAGUCGCAGUCAUUCUGCCCAAACUCGGCACUUUAAUCGUGUGUAUCGCGGGGCACGCCGCUUCCGAAGUCCUUUUCCCCAUCAUGACGAUGGACGCACCACCUUAUUACGCAUCAUAUGCGUUUCCCGCUCGUUUUGUAUUGCAGUUGGCAGCGACGAUGUUUUAUAAAUUUCGAUUCGUACGUUUUAUACUUAUAUUUUUACAAUUAUUCACAUUAUUGAUUUGGUACGAAUUUUCGGACCCGGUUCAAUCACGAAUCGCCCCGAUAUUGGUCAACCUGAAAAUGCAUGUCGCUGAUUGGCUACAUUAUUUUUCUUUUGAUUUCGUGCUUUCUGCAGACUCGGGAAAGCCAAUGAAAAAUUUCGCGGCGAGUAUUGUGAACGGUUUUUCGAAUCGCGCAGAAUUGGGAAUUUUGUGGUAUAUUCAAAAAAUAUUUUUUAUAUAACUUUGGUGUAUAGUACAUGGUGUGGCAAUUUGGCGAAGUGGGCGGCGUGCUCGCUGGCUACGGCUACGAUCCCAACACACACGAGUGGUACGACGGGCACUAAACUGAUAUACCAGUCACUUCUCUGCCUUUUAUUUGCAUCGAGCAGGGACGGGCUUCGCAACAACAACCUGCUUCUAGUGGAAUUUCCCGUGAAUUUGCGGGUUGCCGUCAACAACUGGAACAUAAAAGUCGCCACGUGGCUCCACACUUGUACCAAUAUGUUGCUAUUUGAAAAUAUUUUUUUAUUUUAUAUUAUAUAUCAUCAAUAUAUUUACCGAUGGUUCGGCUAGAUAUCUACCAACGGGUAGGCCACAAACAGGGAAAACCUACGUUCGUGUCCAUUCUGAGCGUGUUCGUGGCGAGUGCGCUAUGGCAUGGACUCUUGCCUGGGUAUUAUGCGUUCUUUAUCGUCGCAGGACUGGGCGUGGAAGUUGGAAGGCACAUUCGCCGUCAUGUUCGUCCGUAUUUUCACUAUACUGAAGACCGCCAAGCCCAUCCGUGGGCAUUUUUCGGCGACUUUUUGGACCCAUCCAAGGGCUCCCGGUUGGCCAUCGUAUACGAUUUGGGAGGGGUGGCGUUGUCGUGGGUGAUGAUCAACUACUGCGCGCCGUCGUUCGUGUGGUUGGAUAUGACCAGGUGCUUCAACUGGUGGGCCACGGUGUACUACGCGCCACACGUUAUGAUUGUGGUCGCCCUCGUCCUGUUUACAGGCACCGCCGCUAAAUCAACCAAGAAAAGCGAUUAAUAUAUUGUCGAUUUGAUACAAAUUAA